AUGGAUCCAAUGGCCGGCGAUAACCUCAACUUCCCCGUCUUCGGCUUCUUCUUACAAAACGCCAGCGCGUUGUGGAUCCGACGCUCCUCUGGCGACGACACCCUCUACACUACCCUCGUCCAGACCUACAUCGACACCCUGCUCCAGGGCGGCUACAACCUCGACUGCUUCAUCGAGCGCGGCCGCUCCCGCACCGUCAAGAGAUGUUGA